GCGGCCAAUCAGGUGCCGUCCCAGCCAAUAGUCCGAACCCCGAGACGCGUUGAAUCACAGCGCGUCCCAAUUUCCCGUUGUUCUCCCUCCUUCACCCACGCAAAUUGUCCGUUCAUCAGCCAUGUCUCUCCAGACGCCGCGCUCGCGACCCGAUGACUCGGAAAUGUCCACGCCACCUAAGAAACGUCGCAGACCGGCGCUGGCCUGCCUACAGUGCAGACGACGCAAGAUCCGCUGCGACCAGCAGAAGCCGUGCACAAACUGCACCAAGUCCAAGAUCCCUGACUGUGAAUUUCCCGACACGCAUGUCCCGGGCUCGGCAGGGCCGUCGCAUCAACCCGAGGGAUCCAUCGCUCCCAGGACGGCGAGCCAACCCGUAUGGAGCAGUCGUGAACCUAGCGAGGGAAUCGGAGCACGCGAAGCAUCCGAGCACCGUCUUUCAGACGCGCCGGCAGUUGCACACAGGCCCGCCUUGCACCACGACAGCAGCCAUGCAGCACUGUUGAACAGGAUCACAGAGCUGGAGAAAACAGUGUCGAGGCUGUCCCAGCCAGCGACUAGCCAGGCCGGAGGCACCGGGGCGGGCGUUACGCCUGCCGUUAACAAUGGCCACCAAGGCCACCGCUUCGUCGCCCAGAGUAGUUGGAUAAACAGCACGAGCUUGUAUUUCAACAUUCUGCAACCCAUCAGUCAGGCGCAGACGGAGGACUGUCCGCUGAUCAGCGCCAUGGCAGACUGCAAAAAGAUCGGCGACCGCAUAGAGAAGCACAUAUUCCAGCCCUUGCCCUUGGGAGAGAGCGAGGAUCAGGAGGCGCGGAUCCUCUACCAAAAGGCCGACAUCGACGUCCUCCUAGACGGGUAUCUCCAAACCUUUGAAGGCUGCCUCCGGAUUUUGGACGUGCCUACCUUCCGUUCAAACUACGAGGAGUACUGGAGGCAUACAAACGGACCGUCCGAGGUUUUCGUCCUCCAACUCCAUGUCUGCCUGGCCCUGGGGAGCGUCGCUCUGCCAAAUGCGCUGCGGUGGCGGAACGCAGCCCACCAAUGGCUCCUCAGGGCUCAGGCAUGGCUGUCGAAGUCAAAGACCAGAAUCGAGAAGCAGAUGACGAUUGAAGAGAUCCAGCUGGCGUGUCUUGUGCUUCUAGCCGAGUUGAACAGUGCGAGUGCAGACCACAUGCACCCUUGCUGGGUCAACAUGGGCAACUUGGUGCGGAAAGCCAUGUGUAUGGAUCUGCAUCGCGAUCCAGCGCGUAUGGAACACAUGACCCGGCGCCGAUCAGAGAUCCGUCGCCGCCUGUGGGCUACUAUUCUGGAACUGAAUCUGCUGGUGUCUCUGCAAGCUGGGAAGCCCCCGCUGAUAACCGAGGCGGACUAUGAUACUCCCCCGCCCUCAAACAUAUCCGACGAUGAUCUCGCGGAUGAUGUAUUGCCGCAUGUUGUCUCCAACCCUAACUCAGGACAUCGUACCGACACGACGGUGCAACUUUCGUUAUUCCAGUCAUUCAAGCUGCGGUCGGUCAUUGUCAGUAAGAUCAGCAGACUCGGCCCGGCCAUGGCCUACGACGAGAUGCUCGAGCUUCAUGCUGAGCUGAGCAUGGUUUGGGCAAGAAUACGGGAGGAUUUUGACCUUCCGGAUUGGAAAUAUUGGCCAAAUACACACCCAGUCACCCGUGCGCAAGGGCUGCUCGCAGAGGUGUUCUUUGAUCGGUACUUCUUGGCACUUCAUCUGCCCGCUCUGGGACCCUCGAUCCGGGAUCCCCGAUUUCACUUCUCCAGGCGAUUUUGCUUUGACACUGCCGUCUACAUGCUCCAGGCUACGGGGAUCCUGGGAUGGUCAAUACUCGAGUACAAGCAGUCGGACCUUGCUCCCCUGUUCAAGAACAGCCCGGGAUUCUUCCGCCAUAUAAUCAUGCAGGCUGCCUUCGCAGUGGCCUUGGAGACUGUCACUCAAGCAGAAGAGUGGGCCGAUAAUGAAGGCGUUUUCUCCGUCUGCACAGCGGACAGGCUCGAUACAUACAUGGCCAACGUUUAUGAAUGGGCGGUGGCUCGUAUGCAGUCAGGGCUGAUCGAUGUCCGAACGCAAAUAUUUCUGAACGUCUGUUGGCAAUAUGCCGACGUCGUGAUGGGUAAUCGGUCAAUGACGCCUGACCAGAGAGCAUCGUUCGUCGUGGACGAGGCUGCCCGAACCGCGUCGAAUUCUAUCCCCAUGCUGCUGCACGUGGCCAGCAAAGCCGGCCUCCCCAGCGAGGAAACUCCGGGUAAGCUAUCGGGCGCAGUCACCAGUGGGUCAUUGUUCACCCCGUUACAUCCGAGGGAUGCCCUGCUGGACUGGCCUGGUGGCUUCCUGUCGCAGGAUUUGGACACGCUCGACCUGGCAUGGGGUCUCGAGGACGACUCGCAGCUGGGAGGUGCAGACGGCACGAACUUUGGAUCGAUGGCGUCAAUGUAGGACGCGAAGAUUGACAGUAUACUGGACACUAACACUAGUAUUUUUCUUUUGUUGUUUCACUUUCACUGACGCUGCUCGGCAGCGAAGUCUAUCUAUCUGCCUUAAGCAGACCCCGUAAUCUCCUCGACAAACUCUUCAUAUUCAAUAUUAUAAAGCCAUCCCAAAUCAAAGCCCUCGGCCGCCAUGGGAUCCUCCAAGGCAGAGGGCAGCCUGCGCUUGUUGAUGG